CGCCACGCAUGGUGGAGAUCACCUCCGCCGACGACGCCGCCGGCGGCGGGUACAAGCACGACCGCCGCGUCAUCAUCUACCCGUCCUACAUAAACUCCCGGUGCUCCGUCGCCGAGGGUCGGCGGAUCCCCAAAGACGCCGCGUGCGACGCCCCGAACGUGCUCGAGAUUAGGGACGUGCUGGAGAAGAGCAUGAAGCUGCCGUGCGAGGUUGAGGACAAGAGCUACCCGAAGGACUUUUGGCAGCGCGGCAGGGUUCGAGUGACGAUCAAGAAGGACGACGGCACCCCGAUCGCGCGAGAGUUUCCGACGCGACGGGCGGUGAUGCUGGAGAUCGCGCGUCUGGUGCCCAAACAUCCCGGACGUCAACCCGGCGCGCCCAAGGACAAAAAGACGAUGCCGACGGCGUUGGAGAUCUUGACGCAGUUCUCGUCGCAGCCCGGGCAGGCGGGGGCGUCGAGCGGGGCGGGCGGGGGCGGCGGCGGGGGGGGAUCGUCGAAGAAGGAUAAGGGGGGGAAGAAAGGGAAGAAGGGGCGGUGAGACGACGUCGGCGCGCGCGACGACCGCGUUAGGGUUAGAUAGAUUUUCACAAGCAAAGAGCGCGUACAGCC